UGCAGCAAACACCAUUGAUCCGCGGGAAAUUCAGUACCUGAAACGACACAUCUGUUUGGAAUAUUUGGAUAUACUAAACACGACCUUUUGAGGUUUAAUAGCGCCACAAGCUUCUCUCCGAGUGGUGCUUGUCAAAUACUGUCUGAAAAUGUCCAAGAAGAAGGGACUCAGUUUGGAGGAGAAGAGGACUCGUAUGAUGGAGAUUUUCUUUGAAUCUAAAGACGUGUUCCAGCUUAAAGACAUUGAGAAGAUCGCCCCCAAGUCAAAAGGCAUUGCUCCAAUGACUGUGAAGGAAGUGCUGCAAAGCCUGGUAGAUGACAACAUGGUGGACUGUGAGCGAGUCGGCACAUCCAACUACUACUGGGCUUUUCCAAGUAAGGCCUUACAUGCUCGCAAGCACAAACUGGAGGAGCUGCAGAAACAGGUUUCUGAUGCUAAGCAGCGAAAAGUGUCUCUUGAGGAAGCGGCUGAAAAGGCAAAAGUGGGACGUGAAGAUACAAAAGAAAGAAGUUCUCUGCUGAAGGAGCUGCAGUCUCUGAGAGACGAGCAAAAGCAGCUGCAGGCCGAGCUUGAGAAAUACCGAGAAUGUGACCCUGAGGUCAUCCAAGAAAUUAGAAAGUCAAACGUUGUUGCAAAAGAAGCUGUGUCCAGAUGGACGGACAACGUUUUCGCCAUCAAGUCUUGGACAAAAAAGAAGUUUUCUUUCGACGACAGCCGCAUCGACAAAGCCUUUGGCAUCCCUGAGGACUUUGACUACAUGGACUGAUCAGAACAUCCUACAUUUGGGGGGUGUGGGGGGGAAAGAAGGCCACAGAAAUGUUCUCUUUGUUUAAGCUUCGGUUUCCAGUUGUCUUCUUUUCAAGUUUCUGUUUUGAGCCCUGGAUCUAAGGUCGAUGCACACAGAUUUGGAUUGUUUUACCGCUUCAGGGGGGAUCUUGGUGAGCUCACCAACAUGGGUGGACUUUAUCAGCAGAGACGCUGCUUAGGUGCAACUAGAGAAGAAACCAAGCAUUAAGGAGUGGGGGUGGGUGGUGGGGGUUAUCUGAUAAACAGACUUCUUGGACACCUGUUUGGAUGAAAACUGAGACAGCCAAGCUGAUGACGGAAGCAAAUCAACACUGGGUGCAUCUGCAUCUCUAAUUGGGGCAUUUAUGUCUGGUAUGUUUUCUCCCACACUUUCCAUCUUUUCUUUUUUCAGUAUAGAGCUGCCUCAUCUGUAAAGCAGUUAAAUGGAUGCUUCAGGAAGAAGUUUAGGGGUAAUGUUUGUAAAUAAUUACUACUUCAAAAGCAUUAAAGUUAUUUUUAUUGCAGAAAAUGUAGUUCUUGUAACAGUUAUUACUGUUUUACUAAGUUUUUUUUUCUUUUCUUUUUUUUUUUUUUUUACACAUCAGUCUUCUGCUUUAUGUCUGUGCAUACACACUCAUUAAAGCAUGUCUUUCACUGCAGCUGCACACUGACUUUCUGUAUGUACAGAAAAGGGAACUCUGUUGUCUUAAAAUGGACAAAAUGACUGUUGCCCUGUUUCCUCUCUCCGCUUUCUGCUUAAACAAGUUCAAAAUUAGGUA